AUGCCGGUGACAUUGAGAUGUGGACACAACUUCUGCCAGGCGUGCAUCGCUCACGCACUGGAGACACAGGAGGUGUCUGGCGUAUACUCCUGUCCGGAGUGCAGAGAGAAGCUUCUCGGCCGUCCAGGGCUGCAAGUCAACAGCAACCUUCAAAACAUAGUGGAGAAGCUCUACUCCAAGCAGCCUUUAAUGGAGGAAUUCACAAUCCACUGCACAUACUGUGUGGAUUCUCCUAGAGCUGCCGUGAAAACGUGUCUGGACUGCGAAAGUUCUUUUUGCAAUGACCACCUGAAGGUCCACGGCAAUUCAGAUGGACACAAAAUAAUCAAUCCCACCGCCUCCCUAGAGGAUCAGAAAUGCUCUGUCCACAAAGCAAAACUGAUGUUUUAUUGCUACGAGGAUGCACAAUGCAUCUGCAUCGACUGCUGCCUUGCUAAACACAUGGAACAUGAUGUAAGGCCGAUUGAUGAGGCAUCUGAGGCGAAGAAGGGAAAGCUGAGAAGGCUUUUGAAUGUGCUGGCCUCUAAGGAAGAGGCUACUGAUCAUAAAAUCUGGAAUUUUCAGGAGAACAUGAGAGAAAGACAAGAGAAAGACAUUGAAUUGGCGGAGAAGGCAACCGCUCUGUUUAGAAACAUUAGGAGACAUCUGGAAGUUCUGGAGAAAAAAGUCCUGACUGAGAUCUUCAGUGGGGGUGACGAGUUUUCCCAGCAUGUCUCUGGUGUGAUCAAGUCUCUGGCAUUAAAGAAGAAUGAGUUGUCCAAGAAGAUGCGGCACAUCGAGGAGCUAUGCAACAUGACCAAUCCAAUAACGUUCCUGCAGGAUCAGAAGUCGGAUAGAGAGGAGUUUUGUGUCCCUGAGGAAUGGGAUAAGAGUUACCUAAAUGGUGACAGUAACCGGCUUCUUAACACCAGAAAUGUGGAUGAGGGUCUGAUCUCAGAGACCAUCCACUCAGGACUAUGUGACAUUGUGAGCGAUCUUUCCACAAAGGUCUCUCUCCACGAAGCUUCGGACAUUCUCCUGGAUGUAAACACAGCGGCAGCUAACAUAACUGUAUCACAGGACAUGAAAACAGUUACGCUGUCCCACACGGACCAGUAUUAUCCAGAAUCACCAGAAAGAUUUGAGGACGGUCAAAUUUUAACCUGCAGGAAUUUCUCCUCGGGACGGCACUACUGGGAAGUGGAGACCAGUGACCUCGGAGACUGGAUGAUGGGACUGGCGUAUGCCUCUAUAGACAGACAUGGGGAACAUUCGUGGCUAGGAGAAAACGCCAAGUCCUGGUGUUUAACCAGAUAUCAGAACCGGUACUCCGUGAUACAUAACGGUCAGGAGUUGCCCAUACCGCACCAGUGCCUGUGCAAGAGAUUCAGGAUCUAUCUGGAUUACGAAGCUGGACGGUUGUCUUUUUAUGAACUUGGUGACCCAAUCAGACACUUGCACACAUUUGCCGCCAUCUUUACAGAGCCCCUCCAUGCUGCCUUUGGUGUACUAGAGGACAAAGAUGACUGCUGGGUGAGAAUCACAAGUUAG